ACUCCGGUUUUGUGCAUCAUGAAGAGAAGCAGCAGCCAUGAGUGACCACUGACUUUUGUGCAGAUAUCUGAUGGCAUAUUCCUCUGUAAGUUAUUAUAACUUUUAUAACCUCCACAUUAAAACGGUGGUUUGUUCAAUAUGCCUUUGUACAUUUUAUUUCUCCACUUUACCCAGGUUGACAGAACAUGUGAAAAGCUCAGGUUUAUUUUUCGUUGUCAUUUUAUAUUUUUCUGGAAUAUAGAGUCCAUAAAACGCAGUGCCAGUGCACUCACACGGAGGAAAUGGCAGUUUCCGACCGGCCCCCUUUGAAGGCCGUCGGUCCAUUAUUGCUUCAUCCAUUCCAAAGCGGAUAAAUGUUUUCUCUGAGGAUGUGUAUUGCGCAUGCAGAUUCCAUUAAAACCUCUUUAAAGAGACCUGCGGCCGCUGCACAGGCCCAGGUGUGAUGGCUUCACACCUCCGCGGCCCUGCAGACGUCUGAAGUCGCUGCACGGCCGCAGCAGUGCCAGCCGCCGCUGAUGGCCUCACCAUUCACACGUCCCUCCAGCCUCACCUUUGAUCGCCGGGGUAUAUAGGUCUCAGUGAAUCCGUGUAGCCUCACCACAGUCAGCACAGAUUCAGUCACUGGACAACAAGCAACCACAGAGGACCAUGUCUGCCGUCCAUGGGAAUAUGCGCGUCGGGGAUUUGAACCCUUUCCACAUGUUUCACGAGGGAACUUUGCAGAUGAACGGUGUAGUGAAUUCAGAUUACGGAGCUUCCGAUGUGACAAAGAUCUUUACCUCUGCCAAUUCCAUACCGAGGACGGAUAAAUGCGUGGCCAUACUGACCCACAGGAGGAAGAGGACCAACUUCACCCAGCAGCAAAUAGAGGUCCUGGAGAAAGUCUAUGCAGACACCAAGUAUCCUGACAUUUACCUGCGGGAGAGGCUGGAGGCACUGACGGGACUACCAGAGUCCAGGAUUCAGGUUUGGUUCCAGAACAGACGGGCCAAAUCCCGCCGCCAGGUGAAUUCCUCAGUGUCCAUGAAGGUCAACAAUCCACCAACAGCUGGACCUUUCACCCAGCUCCAGAACAGGAUGAGCACAGACAAAGUCUUUGACAACAACCACAGUGCAGACCUACACAGGAAAGGGGUGUUUGGAGUUGAAGACAGUUUUAGACCAUCUCUGCAUCAAAUCAGCGAGGACCAUCACAGGACCAGUCUACCCACCGAACCCAGUUGCUACGAACACACAUCUGUCUCCUGCCUCUUUGAGAAGGAAGGAACCAGAGUGAAGCCUGAGCAGAUGCAUCAACACGAGCUGAGCGUGAAUGUCCCCUGCUGCAAUGUCCACCUGUUCCCAAAGGAGAAUGAGCACCACCCAAAGAUGGAGGCCAAUGUGGUGGACAACCAAGGUUCACAAGUUCUGGUGGAAUAUGAUAAUUUCCCACCCAACAAAACCAUCGGACCGGAGAUGAAAGUCGUGAUUCCUCCUCUCCCGAACCACAACAACUUCAACAGGUCUUCGCCUAAGGAGAACGGAUGUCCACUGCAGUACCAGCAGAUGAGAUCCACAGUGGACGGGUUCAGUCACUUUUCUCCACUGCACGGCACAGAGGCCCAGGACUUUACAGAUUCUGAUUCUGACUGGGAGAACGAGGCCAUUGCUGGCUUUGGUGGCUUUGUGUGAUUGGGGUGAUCAAGAGAACAUAUAUGAAGGAAAUCAUGAAAUCUAUACAUCAUGUGUAUCAUAAUGAAAUCUAUACAUUUGUUUGUAUGUAUUUAUUGUAAAUAGUAAUAAUAGUGUGAAAUGUCUUAAAGUAAGUACAACAAUAAAAAGAAGAAAAACAUUUCUUCUUGCAAUAUUGUUUAAUAUAAAAGAGAACAUUUAUGUACAACUGCCCUGAGGCACUUUCAUAUACAACUUUACAAAACCGAGAAAGGAGAUCCCCCAGGAUCACAUUUGAUUUGAAGAUUCAGGUUACAUUACAAUGAAAGCUGUGUAUGUAUGUGUGUGUGUGAACGAGGACGUAAGCUGAUGCAGCAACAGCCAUGCUGUACAUGGUAACGUUAAGAUCCUCUAACUAUGGAAAAGGCAUCAAACCCCUGGAGUUCUCCUUUAUAAAAAUACCAAAAAAUAUUUUUUCAGUGCACACAAAAUUACAAAAAAUUAUUUCUGAAUACAGAGCAGAAAUGAUGACAACCAUCCUAAUGAUCAGAAUUAUUGUACAAUUAUCUACAAUAAAUCUUUUUUUUAAUAUAAAAUAUUCCUUAGCCUCCCCUGUGCUAACUGUCAGAAAGCAGCACUUCAACAUGGGGGUCAACUUUAUCAUUUAGCAAAUUGUUGUUUUGCAACCAUACACACACACACACACACACACACCUACUCAGAAAUAAAUAAAUAGGAACUAUAAAAACUCUAAGAAUUAAUAUUUGGCACGUGAGACCAAUAAAUAGCUGCAGGGAGUCGAGAGAAGUGGAUCGGCAGCAAUA